GCCCAGGCGAGGGAGGAGCCGGCCGAGGGGUGCGCGGAGGCGUCGGGCAGCAGUCAGACUCAGCGGCGGGCGAGAAUGGAGCCGACGACGGGCGAAGAGGCGACGGCGGAGGAGGCGGCGCACGCGUCGGCGCUGCUCCGGGGCCUGUGCGCGCUACGGGCGGAGCGGGCGCUGCUGGACGUGACGCUGCUGGCGGGCGGCGGGGAGUUCGGCGCCCACCGGGCAGUGCUGGCGGCGGCCUCGGGCUACUUCCGCGCCAUGUUCGGCGGCGGGCUGCGGGAGGCGCGCGCGGCGCGGGUGCGGCUGCACGGCGUGGAGCCCGAGUGCCUGGCCCUGCUGCUCGACUUCGCCUACACGGGCCGAGUGGCGUCUCCCGGCGGGCCGGAGCUGGCCGAGCGCCUGCUGCGCGCCGCCGACCUGCUCCAAUUCCCGGCCGUCAAGGCGGCGUGCGGGGCCUGGCUAGCGGCGCGCCUGGAGCCGGCCGCCGCCCUGGAGAUGCAGGAGUUCGGCGAGGCCUUCGCGUGCGCCCCGCUGGCCGCCGCCGCCCGCCGCUGCGUCCUGCGCCACGCCGCCGAGAGCGAGGGCGAGCUGGCGGCGCAGAUGGAGCGCCUCCCGCUGCCGCGGCUGCUCUCGUACCUGCGCGACGACGCGCUCCGCGUGCCCAAGGAGGAGGCGGCCUUCGAGCUGGCGCUGCGCUGGGUGCGCGCCGAGCCGGCAGCCCGCGCUCCGCUCCUGCCCCAGCUCCUGGCGCACGUCCGGCUGCCCUUUGUGCGCCGCUUCGCCCUCCUGGCCCACGUCGAGGGCGAGCCGCUGGUGGCGCGCUCCGAGGCCUGCCUGCGCCUGGUAGCCGAGGCGCGCCUCUUCCAGGCCGGCCGCCUGGACCGCCACGACCGCGCGCCCUGCGCCCGUCUCCGCCCGCGCCCUUCCACCGGCCUGGCCGAGAUCCUCGUCCUCCUCGGCGGCUGCGACCGCGACUGCGACGAGCUCGUCACCGUCGACUGCUUCAACCCCCGCACGGGACACUGGCGCUACCUGGCCGAGUUCCCCGAGCACCUCGGAGGAGGCUACAGCGCCGCCGCCCUGGGCAACGACAUCUAUGUUACUGGAGGUUCUGAUGGCUCGAGGCUCUACGACUGCGUCUGGCGCUACAACUCCAGCGUGAACGAGUGGACGGAGGUGUCUCCCAUGCUGAAAGCCCGCGAAUACCACAGCUCCGUGGUCCUGGACGGGCUGCUCUAUGUGGUAGCUUCCGACAGCACCGAGCGCUACGACCACACGCUGGACUCCUGGGAGCCCCUGCAGCCAAUGCUCUACCCCAUGGACAAUUGCUCCACCACCGCCUGCCGCGGAAAGCUCUAUGCCACCGGCUCCUUGUCCGGCAAGGAGUCCAUGGUCAUGCAGUGCUAUGACCCCGAGUCGGACCUGUGGUCCCUGGUGAACUGCGGGCAGCUGCCCCCCUGGUCGUUCGCACCCAAGACCGUCACUCUCAGCGGGCUGAUGUAUUUUGUCAGGGAUGACUCUGCUGAAGUUGACGUCUACAACCCAGCAAAGAACGAAUGGGACAAGAUCCCUCCAAUGCUCCAGGUGCACGUUGGAGGGAGCUUGGCCGUCCUGGGAGGAAAGCUCUACGUCUCCGGCGGCUACGACAACACCUUUGAACUCUCGGCGAUGCUGGAGUCCUACGAUCCGGAGACCCGCAAGUGGAGCUUGGCUGGCCAGCUGCCCGAACCGAUUUUCUGGCACAGCAGCGUCAGCAUUUUCCGCCAGUUCAUGCCCGAGACGCUGGAAGAGGGCGAGGAGCGCCCCUUGGACAACGCCAUCAGCCUGAACCGCCAGCGCCAGAACCUCCACAACCUGAACCUGAACGAGUUGCGCUAGCAGUCAGACAGCUUGUCUCUGGGGCUUGGAGGAAAUCUGUGGCGCCGCUUCUUGGGGAGGCAAGCUGGGAGAGGAUUGGGAGGCGGGUGUCCUCGGCUGCGAGGACUGCAUGGGUGGCGAGGAGGGCAAGGAGCGGGCUCUUUGAGAUCAACAGUGCUGUCUUCGGGGGAAUCCCUGAAAAGGGAGGUGUCCAAUUCUCCUCCGGUUCCUUCCUGGCAGUUCCCAAGGAGUUUGAAAAUAGCUGAUCAGAAAACUUCCCCUUAGGCUAACAUGAUCUGGUGUUGUUUUGCUUAAAAAUAGCCAAACGAAGGCAUGAGCACAGUUCACGUAAAGUCAUUAUGCAUGGAGAGGAGAACACAGAUAGAGCAAAGGCUUUCCUUCCCCUCGCUCAACACUAGAAUUUGAGGUCUCCCCAUGAAAUCGAAAGACAGUAGGUUC